CACCAUAGACUGCUCUACACCAAUAAGAAGCGCGCAGUGUCAUUUUAACAGGGAAGGAGGAAACCGUCUUAAAGAAUGAUACUGUAGUCGGUAUUGUUACAUUUUUUUGCGCUGAGUCUGUUACAGGUCUUUAGCCUUUAAAUCCUGCUGUUUUUGUUUGGUUAAGUAAAGAGCACUAAAAAGAGAGCACACACUACAGUCCCUGAACACAGUGGCAAGAUGAGCCUUCCCCUCUCACGCUCUGAAGUGUUUGGGCAGCUGAGGAAAGAACUACACGAUGAUGCAGAGUUUCACCAUUCUGACGUUCAUAUCUUCAUCAUCAUGGGUGCUUCGGGAGAUCUGGCGAAAAAGAAAAUCUACCCAACUUUGUGGUGGUUGUUCAGAGACGGUCUUCUCCCUGAACAGACAUAUUUUGUGGGUUUUGCACGUUCUAAUCUGACCGUGGAUGCCAUUCGCACAGCCUGCAUGCCCUACAUGAAGGUGGCAGACUCUGAGGCAGAUCGCCUCACUGCGUUCUUCAGCAGAAACUCUUACAUCAGCGGGAAGUAUGUGGAUGAAUCCUCUUUCUCUAACCUGAACACUCACCUGCUGUCCCUGCCCAGAGGAGCUGAGGCCAACCGUCUCUUCUACCUGGCCCUGCCACCCAGCGUCUACCACGACGUCACUAAGAACAUCAAGCAUCAGUGCAUGAGCACCAAAGGCUGGAACAGGAUAAUCGUGGAGAAGCCUUUUGGACGUGACCUGCAGAGCUCAGAGGAGUUAACCAGUCAUCUCUCUUCUCUCUUCACUGAGGACCAGAUUUACCGUAUAGACCAUUACCUUGGCAAAGAGAUGGUCCAGAACCUCAUGGUUCUCAGGUUUGGAAAUCGGAUAUUUGGUCCCAUUUGGAACCGGGACAGUGUGGCGUGUGUGGUUCUGACCUUCAAAGAGCCGUUUGGUACCCAGGGCCGGGGAGGAUAUUUUGACGAUUUUGGUAUCAUUCGUGAUGUGAUGCAGAAUCACCUGCUGCAGAUGCUUUCUCUGGUUGCCAUGGAGAAGCCUGCAUCCACCAGCUCUGAUGAUGUUAGAGAUGAGAAGGUGAAGGUGCUGAAGUGCAUUGAGCCGGUCUCUCUCUCUGAUGUGGUGUUGGGUCAGUAUGUGGGAGAUCCCGAUGGAGAAGGAGAGGCUAAACUGGGUUAUCUAGAUGACAAAACUGUCCCUGAAGGCUCCACUCAGGCUACAUUUGCCACAGCAGUGCUUUAUGUAAAGAACGAACGUUGGGAUGGUGUUCCCUUCAUCCUCAGGUGUGGAAAGGCUCUGAAUGAGAGGAAGGCAGAGGUGAGGCUGCAGUUCACAGAUGUUCCUGGAGACAUAUUUAACACUCAGUGCAGGAGGAAUGAGUUGGUGGUGCGUGUCCAGCCCAACGAGGCCAUCUACGCUAAGAUGAUGAGCAAGAAACCUGGAGUCUAUUUCAGCCCUGAGGAAACAGAGCUGGACCUGACCUAUCACAGCAGAUACAGGGAUGUUAAGCUGCCCGAUGCCUAUGAACGUCUGAUUCUGGACGUCUUUUGUGGCAGCCAAAUGCAUUUUGUACGAAGUGAUGAGUUGCGGGAAGCCUGGAGGAUCUUCACUCCUCUUCUUCAUCAGAUAGAGAAGGAGAAGACGCCACCCAUCAAAUACAAAUACGGAAGCCGUGGUCCCGCAGAGGCUGAUGAGCUGGUACAGAAGGUGGGCUUCCGCUACGAGGGGACAUACAAAUGGGUGAACCCACACAAACUGUGAAAGAAGAGGACGACAGAAAUGAGGAGCUGAAGCCUUUUUCAAAAACCAGCCCAAGAUGAGUGCCUGAAAUAUAAGAGAGAAAAGGGCACUUGAGAAUUUGAAGAUGCACUCUGCAUUCAAAGAAGGACCAACAAGUUUCCCAAACACUUUUUUUUUUUUUUUGGAUGUUAUUAAUUAUAACCAGCUCAAUAUGAUAUUUAAUGCUUUAUAGGACAUUUCUGAUUAUUUUGUUCUAAAUUUCAUUGGUUAUGCUUAAGCAUCAUUAUGAUAUUCAUACAAAUUUUAUACUGUGCUGUCAUUUCCUUUGUUCUUUAUUCUUAAAGAAAAGCAAAGCUUCUGUUAUGCUUUCUUGAUUCCACAAGCAAAAGUCUUAACAUUAAAUGCUGUUCACAUUUCAGAAGUGGUAUAAAAGUACAACCUGCUCCUGCAGUGAUGGUUGUGUUCAUGUAUUUUGUUGCAUUUUUUUGUAGCAAGCUUACAUAAAUCUAAAAUGAAAUGCUAUAAUUAGACCACACAAAAGAAAGAUUCCAGAAACCUACAGGGAUUAGGAUUCCAAUGCAGGUAUGACUAUGACAAUUUACCAUGUCUUAAGGUUUCAAUUGACUUAAUGAGCCACAGAUGUGUUUAGUCUUAUUAAAGCAGAUGUAUUACAUUCCACAUCUCUCUGUGAAUAAUUUAAUAGAUGAGAUUUAAUGUUUGUUGCCUCAUUUGGGUAUGGUCUCUUUCUGCUCGCUAUUGCUUUUGGUUUCAGCGCUAUAUACACACUGAACCAGUGUCUAUAAAGAACUUUUGUUAGUCAAUGUAUUGUGAGGGUGAGUUUUUGACAGCACUGAAUUUCAACAUCCUGACAGGGUGCCUAUAACGACCGAUUUAUUUAUCAGUAGAUUUUGGGUAUAACUGCUUGUCUGGCUUUUGUAAUGCAUUUUUUUUGGCUGCUUCAACAUCUGUGAGCUAUAUAACUUUUCUGUAAAAGUUCUGCCCAGUGUUUUCUAUUUUAUUAUAAUAACUACUUUUACAAUAAGGCAUAGUUAAGAUGCCUUGCAUGUGUCUCAUUGCUUUUUUCAUCUGGUCCUUUCAUGUUCCCUUAAUAUAUUUGGCUUGUUUCAGUACAGCCAGUUGAAGUCUUUGUCCAGGCCUGGAGAAGUCAUGGGGAUUUCUGUAGUGAAUGUAGAUUUCUCUGACGCUCAGUCAGUUUUUGUUUGUUUACUGGUCUUUAUGGAGACUUUUUUACAAUUGUUUAAAUUAGUGCUGUCAAAUGAUUAAUCGCAUCCAAAAUAAAAGUUUUUGUUUACAUAA